AAGAUGGCGCCACUGUAGAGUAAGGUCACUGUCAAUUGCUAGUGGUGCCUACUGGUGAGCGCUAAAGCGGUAGGAGGACUGUCACGUUUGCAGUCACUAGGAUGGCGCCACUGUAGAGUUAGGUCACUAUUUCUCGCUUUUCGACUGCCAGCUAUCUCCUUGAAGUCAUCAGUCCAUCGAGCAGAAAGAGAGACGCCCAGUAUUAGAAAGACGCGACAAAAUUAGUCGUCUCUCUACCAGCGUGUAGAGAAGUGUCUCCUGCAGCCGUCUCUGCUGAUGAAGCGCGCCUGCGGGGUCUGCGCGGCCUCCCGCGACAAGGCCUGCCCGCGGCCCGCCGCGCCCGAACUCAAGGAGGCCUACCGACAAUUCCAAGUGGCGAACUACAAGUGUCUCUGCGCAGCCAUAUUGAUCAUGCGGCCGGAGGCGAAGUUCUAUCAGUUUCUGUUCAGGCGCAACGUAUGGGAGAAGCUGUUCGACUGCGAGCAACAGUGGAAGCUGCCUUUGAAGAUGACUUGGUCGCAACAAAAGACAAUCCACACAGUGGUCGACAGUCCUACCGGUCGGACUAGCGCUACUAGUGCCAGUAGAACUACCAGAACUAGGAUGUUUCUGAGGACUCUGUCAGAAAACCCACUGCAGUUUGACCUGAUGGAUACUGAUGAGGAGCCUCCGGAAAACUCCCACGAAAUCGAAUUAGUGGACAACGAGUUAAACUCCCAAGAGUGUGCGGACACUGUGAUAGGUCUACUACAACACGCGAGCUCUCUGCACCACACUGGAUGGGUGACCGCGCUCGCUGAAGGAUUAGCAGGGAGCGCGCCGCUGGCUCAGAUGGUAUGCAACUGCAGGGAGGCGUUGAAGCCUCACGCGGGCGUCCUCAGAGGCCCUCUUAUAGAAGUGAUGGCGACUACAGCGAGAGAGGACAACGGGAGGAAACUGGUCAACAGCCUGCACGUUGAUAUUGUGAGUUUUGAUCGACUUCAAGUCUUAGGUUCAGUUUUCGCCAAGGCGGAGCCUAGAAACCCUCCUCCACUGGAAAGAUACACCAGACCUGCAACCAUCGGACCACCUAAACUCGGCCAUAGAGUAUCUAAUAAACACGUGCAUAGAUAA